AUGAUAAAUGACUAUUGUUUUGCAUAUUGCAAUAAUCUCGAAAAUAUCAAUUUACCUUCUUCGGUUUCAACUGUUGGUAUUUAUGCAUUCACAGAUACAAAAAUCAAAUCAAUGAAAUUUGAUAAAAAUUGUACUAUACAGAACUUUGGUAGUUUUGCAUUCGCUGGUGCCACAUAUUUAGAAACAAUUAAUAUUCCAACUACUGUUCAGAGCUUAGGAGAUAAUCUUUUUCAAAGUACAAAAAUUAGCCAAUUCAUUGUACCAAAUUUAGUUGAAAAUAUUUCUAACUAUUGUUUCAAAGAUUGUUCUCUUUUGAAGACUUUUAUAAUUCCAGAUAAUUGUAGCUUGCAAAGUAUUGGUUUUGGGUGUUUCCAAGGCUGCAGAAAUCUUUCUUCAUUUGUUUGCCAGGAUAAGAGAUACUUUGAAGUUGAUAAUGGUGCUCUAUUUAAUAGUGGAAGAAGUAAUUUGAUCUGCUUCCCUCCUGCUUCAAGUAUCAAGCACUUUUGCUUCUCUCAGAAUGUCAACAGAAUUGCAGUUUGUGCGUUUCUCGAUUGCAUCAAUAUUGAAUCAAUUGCAAUACCGGAUAACUCUGUUGUUUCAAUUGGAGCGCAAGCAUUUGCAUACUGCAUCAAUCUGAAAAGUAUAAAUAUUCCGUUAUAUGUAACAACCGUUGAUGCUAAUGCGUUUUUGGGCUGUAAAAAUUUAAAUUGUGGCGUUCUGAUUGACAGUAAGAAUAAAGAUUUUAUUAAAAACCUGAUUACUACAGGUGGUCUUUCGUAUUCAGCCACAAAAGCAUGCGGAAUAAUUACAUGUUUUCAAAGAGUAACUGAUGUAUCAAGAAUUGGCUAUUCUUCCAUAGCUGUAUUUAUAAUGAUGUAA